CCGCCUUGUUGCCCGUGCCCGGUUUGGCUCCAUUCUGCAGCACCGAUCCACAUCCACUUGCUUUCUCGUCCUUUUUUAAAAACUCUUGCUUGCUGCCUCUUUUUUGCCAAACUAACCUCAACUUCAUUCUACCCAUCAACCGCCAUCAGCAGCGACAUCGUCCUUGAAUCUAUCCAAGACCACAAAGGCGACCGGGCUCUCUGUCCAUCUGUCCAUCAACUCCACCUCCCCCGGAUUUCGGGUGCCGCACCACGGAAGUGAAGUGAAUCCACUAUCCCAGCAGAAACCCACACAAAGUCACUCGACUCCAUCCGCUCCGCUCCGUCAAGAAAAGGAAGCCCGCUCGUCACAGAGGGAGAAAAAAAAUUUCGCUUGCCUCAAAAGCCAUCCUCUCCCGCCCAGCUUUCUGUUCCAGCACCGCCCAGGUUCAGAACAACAACCACCACCAGACCCAACAUAAGCAUUUUGCGCGACACAGCGUUGUUUAUGUAUCAGCACGACCAGCACGCCGUCUUCCGACACUCUCCCCCCGUCAAGCUGCAUUUUCGCAUAUCGCGGAAACCCUGUAGCUUCCAACAAAGUACCGACGGUUGAAUCGCCAUUCCCACGGUCGUCUGCCAGCGUUAAUGCCUACCUUCGACUUCGUUAACCACACGGUCUACCCUAUGUCAACUCAAAGUACUCGUCAAUAACUGACCCCUUUGGCUCGUCUCGCCUCUCGAUCUUCCUCACACGCUCUCCGUGCAACAAGAAGCCUCGCUUUCCACGACAUCGUCGACCAGUCUACUAGUCUGCCCUCGUUAGGUAUCGUCUACCAGACUCCCAACAAACUCCAACAAAACAAUACUACAAACAUCAUCCUGUUUCGCCGUCAAUACCGCCAAAAUGGGUGCUCUUAUCAACGUUCGUCGGGACAACCCCGACCCCUUCUACCGCUACAAGAUGGAGCGUAUCCAGACCAAGAUUGAAGGCAAGGGUAACGGUAUCAAGACCGUCGUUGUCAACCUCAGCAGCGUUGCCCAGUCCCUGGCUCGUCCCGGUGGCUAUUUGAUCAAGUACUUUGGUUUCGAGCUUGGUGCUCAAACCAACAUUGAUCCUCCUGAUGACCGCUGGAUCAUCAACGGCUCCCACGAGGCCGCCAAGCUCCAGGAUCUUCUCGAUGGCUUCAUUGCCAAGUUUGUCCUCUGCAAGAAGUGCAAGAACCCCGAGACGGUUGUCCAGAUCAAGGACGAGAAGAUCACUCUCGACUGCAAGGCCUGUGGCCAGCGCAGCAAGGUUGAGCCCCAGCUCAAGCUGACCUCCUUCAUCCUCAAGAACGUCCCCAAGAAGAGCAAGAAGGACAAGGCCGAGCGCAAGGCGGCCCGCAAGGCUCGCCAGAACGGCGGCGAUAAGGAAGGUUCCGGUGACGAGAACGGUUCCGACCAGGCCUCUCCUGCCAUCGAGGAUAAGAACAUUGAAUAUGCUAGCGACGAUGAUGAGCUCACUCGCAAGAUCAAGUCUGAGGCUCAGAGCUUGCAGUUGGGCAAGAGAGAGGCUCCCAAGGAGGAGGAGUGGGCUGUCGACAUGAGCGAGGAGGCCGUCCGUGCCCGUCAGCAGAACCUUCCUGGCGAAUUCAAGCAGAAGCUCGUCCUGAAUGGUGAAGAAGACGAGGAGGAGGAGGGUGGAAACACCGUCUACGACCAGCUCGGCACUUGGAUCGAGGAUGAAGCCAAGGCCAAGGGUGGCAUUAACAAUGUCGACGAUGUCGAGAUCUACCUCAAGGCCAAGGAGCUCGGCAUUGAUGCCAAGCACCGCACCGUCCAGGUUCUUGUUCAGUGUCUUUUUGACGAGAACAUUGUUGCUCAGAUCCCCAAGCGUGCUCCUAUGCUCAAGAGACUCGUUACCUCCGAGCGUCACGAGAAGGCCCUCCUUGGCGGUACCGAGCGUCUCCUUGCCGACCUCGGCAAGGAGUCUUAUGACAAGAUUGUCAAGAUUCUCCAGCUCUACUACCACCACGACCUCUGCUCCGAGGAGGUCAUCACCAAGUGGGGUAGCAAGGCUUCCAAGAAGUACGUCGAUGGCUCUACUUCCAAGAAGAUCCGCAAGGCUGCUGAGCCCUUCCUCACCUGGCUCGCCGAGGCCGAGUCUGAGGAGGAGGAAUCUGAGGAGGAGGACGAUGAGUAAAUCAUGUCCCUCGCCACUGAGGAUACUACUUCCGUUGCCGCUUGAUGCCUAGUCUAGCUUGCUCUUUUGUGUUGUUUUGAGGAUGCAAAACCCAGAAGCAGAUGGAUAAAUGCGUGAAAGGGUUGCGAUCAGUUUUCUCCACUCACUCUCAGGUCUUGGUUCAUGUUUGUCCCAUGGUUCGCACUCAAGGGAUGUCUUUUCCUGUGUCUGUGUAUCGUUAUCGGGGCUUUCAUGGACGUCAUCUAGUUAGUCGUUGAAUUGACACGUCACUUAUAUCUCUACAUAUUCCAGUAUACUGCUCAAGCGAUGCCAGAAACAUAAUGAAUGCCUGAAUCUCUC